AUGUCUCUGCAGCUACAGUCCUAUCGAUCCCAGUCCUCUCUCGGAUCACCUCCUUCACACAAUCUGCGGAUAGGCUACUGUCCAGGUGAUGUCACAUUUAAAGUAAACCAAUUGUCAUCAUUUUAUCGUACUGUUCCCAAUGAAUUAUCAGAGAUCAAUGCAAUUUCACUAUUGUUGAAGCAAUUUGCUUUCAAAUGGGUUGGAAUUAUAGUAUCAGAUGAUGAAACUGGAUACAGAGCAAGUGAAGAUUUCAAAAAAUCAAUAAAGAGCACUGGUGGUUGUGUGGCUUUCUUGGAAGUUAUAUCUGUGAAAAAUGAGGAACAUAAAGUGUAUUCUUCUGCAGAGUAUAAAAUAAUGUCUACAAUUUGGCACUCUACUGCUAAAGUUAUAGUUAUUUUCAUGAAUGUAAAAAGUAUUUCAAGAUUUUAUCAUGAAUUUUAUGCACAUAAAUUGCCCAAAAAACUAUGGAUAACAUCUUCUUUCUUUGUGACACUGAAAGUUAUUGAAUUGAGAAGUAUAAUGUGUACAUUUAAUGGCACAAUCUCUGUUGGUUAUCAUCAAGAAGAGAUUCCUGAAUUUAACAAAUUUUUAUAUGAAGUGAAACCAUCAAAUUAUCCAGAUGAUAGAGUGUUUGAAGAUAUUUGGGCACUUAUUUUUAUUUGCUUUUUAAAUAAUUCUUCUUACAAAGAGAGACCUUUUUUUCAUAGAUGCACAGGGAAUGAGUCUCUGAGUGACACAAGCAUAUUCACGUAUGGCACUUUGGAUUCUCGAGUCCCUUAUCAAAUUUACACUGCCGUAUAUGCUUUGACUCAUGCACUAAAUGACAUGUUUUUGCACAAAAACACAUCUGAUUUUAUUAAAUUUAAAAAUACAUUUCACCCAUGGCAGUUAAAUGAGUUUGUCAGAAAAGUACAUUUCCCAAGUCCUUCUGGAGAUGAGAUGUAUUUUGAUAGCAACAGGGAUCCACCAGCUCGCCUUGAUAUAUUAAAAACAUACUAUUUUGACUCUGACAUUCCAGGAAAUGUUAAAAAUGUCAAAAUAAAAAUUGGGAGUUUUGACCAAACAGCCCCUGUAGGAGAACAGCUACAGAUCAACAACAUUACAGACUUAUGGGGACCAUUUUUUUCACAGGAACCCACCUCUGUGUGUAGUAAUAGCUGUACUCCUGGAUAUCGAAAAUCUAAAAGAAAAGGGAAGCCUGAAUGCUGUUAUGACUGUGUUUUGUGCUCUGCAGGGGAAAUAUCCAAUAUAACAGAUGCCGUAAACUGUUUAAAGUGCCCAGAAGAUCAGUGGUCUAAUGAAGAAGGAAACAGCUGCAUUCUUAAGGACAUAGAAUUUCUUUCUUUCAUGGAGCCUUUAGGCUACAUCAUUACAUUCUUUGCUUUUCUACUUUCACUAAUAACUGCUGUUUUACUUGUAAUAUUUAUCAAGUACCGGAACACUCCAAUAGUGAAAGCCAAUAAUCGUCAAAUAAGCUGCAUUCUGCUAGUAUCUAUUACUAUCUGCUUCCUCUGCCCUCUGCUGUUCAUUGGGCGUCCAACACAUAUAAGCUGUAUGCUUCGUCAGUCUGUGUUUGGGAUUGCUUUUACUGUUGCUGUGUCAUCUGUGUUGGCAAAAACUAUCACUGUUGUUAUUGCCUUUAAAGCCACAAAGCCAAAUAGUAAGCUGAAAAGAUGGUUAGGAAACAGAUUGUCAAACCGCAUCGUUCUUAUUUGUUCUUUGGGGGAAACUGUGAUUUGUGCUAGUUGGGUUAUUUAUUUUCCUCCAUUCCCAGAAUCAGAUACUCAGAGUGAAUAUGGGAAGAUUAUUUUGCUGUGUAAUGAAGGUUCUGUCUCUAUGUUCUUCUGUGUAGUUGGCUAUAUGGGGAUUCUAGCUUUAUUGAGCUUUCUCAUUGCUUUUAUAGCUAAAGAUUUCCCUGAUAGGUUUAAUGAGGCUAAAAACAUAACCUUCAGUAUGUUGUUAUUCUGUAGUGUGUGGAUAUCAUUCAUCCCUGCCUAUCUGAGCACAAAGGGUAGGAAGACUGUAGCCGUAGAGAUAUUUGCCAUCCUUGUUUCUGGGUCAGGUCUUCUAGGCUGUAUAUUUCUUCCAAAGUGCUACAUUAUAUUUACUAAGAGGGAUCUUGUGGAUCUUUUGGAUGAGGGAGUGGAAUCAGGUUUUAUCGAUUUGACUACUUUUGCAUACCUGGUUCCUGAUUUUCCUAAAAUCCCCGCUUUUCAUCAUUUUCCCAAGGUCCACAAGUCCCUCUCUGAAGUGAAGGGUCGCCCAAUUGGCUCCCCAAUGGCAAAGUCAAAACAGUUUCCUACAGGAAACCUAUUUCAGGGAACUCAGUGCUGUUUGGUACAAGUUGUCAUCCAAAACAUGUCCCUGAAGUGA